AGGAACUUCAGUAGGCUGGUACCAACUCUCCUACAGAGGAGGACUGGAGAGAGCAUCUACGAACGCCUGUCGAAAUCUAUCAUUCUUGUUACUCCGUCCAUGUUUAUGGCGGACAAAUGCGCAGUAGAAGUCGUCAUAAAACUUGGAGGUUCUGCAGUUACGCACAAAAAUGUUUUUGAAACUGUCAAACGUGAGGCAAUCUUAGCUGCGGCUGAGCUGGUGAAAAAACUCCCCGCGGGAAAAUGUAUCGUCAUUCAUGGCGCUGGGUAGGUUGAAGCACAGUGCAGGUAUUCUUGCGUGCUGCAGAAAUUCAUCUGGAGGACUUAGGAAAAUCAAAAGACAUUAAAACGUGACAAAGUUGAAUAAUAUCUUUCAACUAUUGUAACACCCCUAAACAGCCAUUUCAGAAGAGUUUACUUUUGGUUGUCUCACAUGUUAGCCAGGUUUCACCAGUACCGUUUUCCAGUAUGCUGUUUGGCUGUUUUAUCCGUAAGAGUGAUUAACAUCUAUUUUUAUUUUUUUUAAUUCAGUAUCACUCCUGAAUCAAAAAUUAAGGUUACGAGAAUGCAGGAAAUGACCACACACUCAAGAAGGACUUGAUUGUUGAACAAAUUCUCCUCACCAUUGGAUAUGAAUAGAGAAAAAUAGGUAAAUUAAGCAUAUUGAUGUAAAAGGUUAAUAAUUAUGUGUAUUUCCCCUCUGGAAUUAUAGAUCCUUUGGACACUUUCAGGCCCAUGAGUAUGGAACAGCACAUGGAUUCUCAAAUGACACUUCAAAGGGCCGUAUUGGGUUUGCUAAAACCAGGCUCUCGGUGACCAAGGUGCAUCAUAUUAAAAAGUUUGUUCUUGGCCUAAGGAAACAUGUUGUAUACAUUUUAUUUUCAUGUUGACGUAAUUUACUUUAAACUUUGAAUGUUGGACUUAAAAGACAUGGGAUGACUGCAGACAACUUACUGAUUAAUGUACAAGGUGACAGCUUGAAAAUAGGUUUGUGUUUUUAGUUGAGGGGGAAAAAUAGGCCCUUUAUUUGACCCCAAGACUACAUAUGUAUCUGUACCUCGAAAAGGGAGCCUUGUAAUUUGGUCCUUGUAAAAUAACAUUUUUCUUUUUUUGGUUGUUUUCUGUUUUGAUAGCUGUUACAUAUAAUCACCGAAGUGUUUGUUGACAAUGGUAUUCCAGCAUUGGGAAUUUCAGUAAGUGCAGUGUAGGUGUACUUGCCAAGGUCAAUCAGUCCUUUAGGUAACAAAUGUGAUAAUCCUUCCGUGAGAAAAAAAUAUUUUAUCAUAAAUCAUAUGUGAGUCCUUUUAAGAUGAGUGGUUGACAAUUAUUGAUUACAAAAUGUAAGCUGUAGUUACGUCACAGGAAGCUAAACCUGAAAAAGUGAUUUGAGCUUCCAUGAACCUGAAACCUUUUUCUUCCUUAUACCAAUCUGGUACUGCUGCCAACUGGCCUGUGAAACCGCAGUUUCGGAGCAAAGAGCUUCCCGUAGUAGAUUGUUGAUUUGGAAUCCUGUCACUAUUUUCUAUCACUUGAAACAUGACUUAUAUUGGGUGAAGGUACAGUUUUGUAGUUGAGUGACAACCUAUAGGUGGAGAAAAAUUAUCAAAGUGCAAUGCUUGUUCAAUGCUCUUAAUCAUGGCAGACCUACACACUACAUGCACAUGUAGUGCAAAACCUUCUUAACUGUGUUUUAUUGAAUGUAAAGUGUCUCUUUGGUUCAAAAAUCUGCAUUUUGAAUUGGUACAUAGUCUAGUUUGUCAACCAUUUUUAACUCCUGAGAUCUGAUUGUUAAUCCUCCCCUCUAGUUGCUAGACAUUUCCUUGUAAAUUAAUAAUGAGAGUUUGGUGUUAGAUCAAGAUAACAGCUUCUACUCCAUAAGUUUGAGUAUUCUCAUUACCUGUUUGCUGGAUAACUUAUGGAUAUUAUGGGGAGAGGUUUCAUUUUUAUCACUUAUGGGCAUUUAAGGUUGAAGAAACAUUUUCCUGCACAAUAUGAAAUCCAACACAAUUUGAUAAUAUUAACCAGACUUGGUUAGGUGCUUUUAAAGAAUUUACCGACUGGCCAGCAGUUUUAAUUAUAACUAUACUUCGAUGUUAUUUUUUUCAAUAUUCUUUUUGGUGGUAAAAAUGAGAGGAAAUAUGUAAAACAUAACAGAAGAAGCAUGUUUAUUCGUUUCCUUUGAUUGAAUACCUCAUCAUUACCAUUAACAUGGGUUGAUUACUAUUAACACAGGCACCCUUUCUCCAAAAAGUUUUGUAACAAAUCAGGGAUGUGGCUUAUCCAUGGAAAAUGUGCCACACGUUGAUCAUUGCUUUGCAAAUUUAGUGGUUUCUAAAGGAGCCGUUUUUGCUCAUAGCAGUAGGUUAUAUUUCUUGCUGUUGAGUGGCAUUAAAUCUUCUUUGUUAAGAGACCUUUAAACCGGUCUAAAGUCGCCUUUCUUAAGCAGCUAAGCUUUGAUUGGCAAGGAAUGUCCAUUCCACCCGUGUAAAACUGUUUACAGUGUCACCAACUGUGGGUCGCUUUAAGUUGAAGUUGGUACAUGUAGUUGGCUGUUAUAACAAUUCCUAAGUUUCUUCUGAAACUUAAAAAACUAGAAUCUUCAACUGCACGUGAAGAAAGAAUUUCAGAUGGUUUGAAACACACUGACUGCUCCUAUAAUAUCUGGAGUGAUACCAACUUGGUUAUUCCCCUCCCCUCCCCCCCCCAGGCACCGAGGGUACGAUGAAUACCCCAUAGGUACCCCGACAACAAUUGAAAUAUGCGUCUGGCUUAAAUUUAUUGAAACCAGUGGAAUAUCAGUUAGAAUCGUAAAGUAAUGGCUUUCUUUUCCUUUUUUCUCUGUGUGAUUGAAGCCUUGUGGAUCAUGGGUAACAAGGAAAGGCCGUGUCAACAGAGUGACAUUAAGCCCCAUCAUAGAACUUUUGCAAGAGGGUUUUGUGCCAGUUCUCCAUGGUGACUGUGUAUUGGAUGAUGCACAGGGUUGUGCUAUACUGAGUGGAGACAAAAUCAUUGAGGUUUGUCCUGGUGAUUAGACAAGAUUAGAUUACGAGCAGUUCCCCUUUUCGGCGGAGUCCGUCGGGCGAGUAAAAAAAAAAUAAUAAAAAAGUUAUGUUAACGCGCCGCGCGGAACUCUUAUGUUAAAGAUUUAAGUGUAAACAAGUAUCCGCGAAUCUAAAUGAGAAAAGCGAGGACAUGCUAAACAGCAGACUGCAAACUGCGGCCUGUAGUUUUUUUCAAAAUACCUCAAUCGUCAAGUCUCGUGUAUUAAAGGGACAUUCAGAAGAGGGAACUGUCUGCUACAGGCACUUCUCUCAGAUGGAUCAUUUCGCUCUGACGAAGGGCUGACGCGCGAAACUCUUUACGGUGGCCAAUUCACCUUAUCACAGGCUCAACUCAGUUGAUAAAACCAAAUUAUUUUGUUUGCCACAGGGCAGGGUGCCAUUAGAUAUCUGUGCCUGAAAGACUGUUCAUGUAUGUAUUUUGUUAAAAAUGGGUUCUAGGACGGCUCUAGGGCGAUAUGUAGGUCUCAGUAUGUGAUAUCUUUCCCUAUGACUUUUAGAAACUGGUGGAAGAGCUUCGACCCAGACGGGUUGUGUUUUUGACAGAUGUAGAUGGGAUUUUUGACAAGCCUCCAGAAAAACCAGGUAAAGGGACAUUUUGGAUUUUAGGGCCAGGGACUAGAGGGUCACUUGUAGUACUGAUAAUUUUUUUCCUCAAAAUAAGAUGGACCUUGACAGGAAAAGAAAAUCUGUCGUUCGCUCAUUACCUAGUUUAACGCUCACUAACUUUCUUAUUCUACUAACUCACAUAAAGCUUUCAGCAUUGCUGAUCCACCUUUACUAUCCCAUCUCUAGAUGCAUCAUUACUUAGAGAAGUGUUUGUUAAAUCCGAUGGGGGAUUUUCUAACGCCAUAACAACAUCAAGCCUUGAACAUGACGUCACAGGUGGUGUUCGCGGCAAGCUUCAAACAGCUUCCAAUAUCAUUCAUCUUUCUGAAGGAAAUACGCGGGUAUUUGUCUUGAAUAUAAUGUCGGGAUCUGAUGCAUACUCUGUUUGUGCUUUGGGUGUUCUGGAAGGUAAAGGGACAGAAAUAUUGGCAGAAAACGUUUAGAGCCCCGUAAAUUUUACCUCAGUGAAUUCUGAUGUAAGGUCUUCCGAAAACCUCGUCUUCGUCACUCUUGUAAUGCCUGGUAGUCAAACAAGGCUCAGUUUUAGAGAUAAGACUCCCUUGCCAUGUGAAAAACAACCGAUGUACGUAUUUUUGAUACAAUAACCAAAAUAAAACGACAGAAUAAAUUUAGUAUACAAAGCUAUUGACAAGAAAGAGGCUAAGGAGUACAACGUUUGGUGUACAGUAAUCAUUUCUUCCUAAGCAUAAAUAUAUAUUUUUUCCUAAACAACAAACAUGGUGAGAUUCCUAAGUGAUACUUCUUGGUAGUUUUUUUUUUAUCAAUUUUGCUUCGUUUUUCAUUUAUAAUUUAAGUUAGUUUAUAUGGACGAUACACAAAGAAACUUAAAAAGGGUUACGGUUUUUAAGAGGACGUGUGAAUUUUCAUGUUAAAUUCCAACUGUUAGCAGUUUUGUCGCGUUAGAUUGAAUAUUGUCUCAAAAUAAUAAACAGGAUUCUCUGGUUACAUAGUGAGCAUUGUGGCAUUUUGUAUUCAUAUGAGGGUUAAUUGAGGUGUAAUGUUCCCUUAGUUAAUGCAUAAUACGACUGGUCUAGUUUUUCACUUGUCCUUGUUGUUUUUUCUUAAUUAGGAAAACCUCCUACGACUUGCAUAUUGUCAAGCCAUAAUUACUUGAGGAGGAAAUUAAAAGCCUCAAAGUUGACUUGAAAAUUGAAUAUGUAUUUAAUACCUUUCGUAAUUGAAUUUGAUAUUAGUUGUUCUUUUGCUAACAGAAGACAGUUUUAUAAGAAGUACCGAAAGAUAUCUUGUUAUUAAAGCGCCUCAUUUUGAGGAAACUCAUUUCUUUGUUUUGUAGAGUUGAGAUAAGGGUAGUCUAUUGUGAAACAUUUUCCGCUAAAAGCCUUUUUGACUCGCCGAUUAUGUAAUUUAACUAUUAAUUUAAUGUCAUGCGAAAAAGCUGAAAAGCUCCCAAUUUCAUUGUGAAAAGGACAACCAUGAAUCCAUUAUGGCCGAUCAUGUCACCGUUAUUUUUGGCCUCCCUAAUAUUUUUUUCUUCUCAAUUCAUUUACCUUGUGACUGACACUUUAUGCAGUGAUGAAAAGUGUCGUUUCGUUGUGCGACGGACUUACUGACUGCUACCUUUUCUGUUGUGAGAUUUUUUUAACGUAGCUGGUGUUUAUGCAAUCUUUUAAUAUCUAUAACAGCACUAUAAAAUGGUCUUUAAGCAUGUUAUCGGCUAAGUAAACAGGAUAGUCUUAAAAAUUCUAAUUAAUAUCGUAGUGCCUGUGAAUGUGUUUACGACAUUUUGGUGCCUUUUAGCCAUGCUGAGAAAAACCAGAAAUUUGGUAAGGUAAACUUCCUUUGUUAGUGUCGAUUGUCCAUCUUCCCAUUAUUAGAGGGAAGGAUUCUAUGUUUACAAGUUGCUAGAAAUGCAUAUGGUUCAUUCUGCUCGUUGAGACGGAAAAUCUUCUUGUCUCUUGUCGUAGUUUUUACUCUUCUAUCUUGGAGACGUUGAUUGAAGUUUUUAUUACACUUGCGAAGUUGUACUCGUGUUUGGAAACGAAUCAAUACGUUGUCCGAACUACGUGAUUAAGACAAAGGUGUUGAAAUAUGAUCGUCGUUAUUUUUUCGUAGCAGAUACGCCAUAAAGAGAGUAGCCGCAAAUUACCAUAACAAUGAUAUGGAUGCUCAGUGAUUGAUGUAUUAAACACGUGAACAUUUAUCAGGAUGUGCGGAUUAAAGAUAAAAAUCGACAGGCCUGCUUGGUCGAUUUGUAUGAUAUUACAUAAUUAGAGCUUGUUUUGUUUACCCGAAGCACUCAAAUAAUUGAACUCCUCGCGUACAGUUUCACUUAAAUUCGUAGAGAGGCUUGUAAAAUGGCCGGCUUUCGUGUGCCCUUUACCCAAAUUCCAGCGUUGCCUUGUUUGGACUUUCUGCAGCCCUCAGACUCGUACGUGGUCGGAUCAACUAUGCCGUCGAGCUCGUGCACCUUAGGCUUCCGUGGGGCGCCGCCCCACAGCUUUUUCAAAGGUUCCCCUUGCGCUUCAGCUAUGAGAGAUAGUGACCAAAUCGUUCACACCAUGCCUCAAAGAGAUUCUGGCGAGUUGGAAACCAAUAUUAUACCAAUAUCUUGCUACGAAGGAGCUUUCUUCACGGGCAGUACAUUAUCGUCCACAGUCCAGCAUGGAAUACCUCCUCAAGCCUGGGAUAACUCCCAUCAAGACUUUCAAAGUGCCCAGCUAACCUUUCCCAGAAAAGAAUACGAUGGAAGCAACUUGAAUUUUCAGAGUUUUGCUGCGAGUUACAAAGCACCGCCAGGGUUGGGAAUUGCUGUGGAUCCACCCAUCACCUAUAGCCUGGCUCUGCCUGCGGCUCAUAACCCACUAAAGUGCUGCUGGGUAGUUCAGCAUCAUGAUAAAGAGCUUAGUUCUGUGUGCGAUCAAGUGUUUGGCACCAUAGACCACUUGGUAGGCCAUGUCACUGAGCUUCAUAUUUACAACAGCACCUCACUGCGAUACGUAUGCCGUUGGAAGGACUGUUCCAGGAAUGGGCUUCCAUUCAAGGAACGCUACAGGCUAGUGAACCAUCUGCGAGUUCAUACUGGGGAGAAGCCUUUUAUGUGCAUGUAUCUUGGAUGUGGUAGGCGAUUUUCACGUGCGGAGAAUCUGAAAAUACACAAGAGGACACAUACUGGAGAGAAGCCAUUUCUAUGCACUUUUCCCGACUGUGGACGCCGUUUUGGCAACUCAAGUGACAGGAAGAAGCACUCGCAUGUGCAUACCUCAGACAGACCUUUCUUGUGUCGAUUGAAGGAGUGUAAGAAGCGCUUCAGUGAGGUUAAUUCGCUAAAGAAACAUAUGAAGUUACACGAAGAGAGAGGCGAUGUCUUCUAA